ACUCCAGGAUCUAGACGUCAGAAAAUGUUAUAUUUUUCCCAACUCAGGUCUUUACGGUGGAUUUUCCUUCUUGUUGUGAUUUGUCUGGAUGUUGAGCCACGGCCGAUUUUCAAAAACCAUUUCCAAACUGAGACCAAUAGCAAGAAUGUCAUCAUCCCAGAGGAAAAUAUUGUGAUCAAAGAAACGAUACCUGGAUACAUUGUAUUCAGCCUGCCCGAUGGAGGACAUAUACGGGUGAUAUACCAUGUGGAUAAGUACGGAUUCUAUACGGAAACCGUGGGAUAACAUGUGAAAUGCUUAUUUGAGAGUAUUAUUGAAAUGCAGUCCCAACUGCAUCUAUAAAUGGAAACAAGUUGUAUAAUAUUUCAACGAGACCAAUUUGUAUUUCAGAUUUUAAAAAUAAAUGGAACCAUACGCAAA